GUUAAACUCCGUUGUGGCAAUUUCUUUUUCUCUAUUUAUUUUAACAUCAGACAUAUUUUUAUAAAUACCGUCUUGACAGUUGCUCACUACCUAUAACAAUAUGAUAGGUACCGAACAUUCAACUUCAACAAUGUGAGUCACGUUGGUGUGUGAUGGCACAGCGAAGCAAACAGUGGCAAUAUGUUUGAAUAAAAAUAUCUAAGGUCAAGGACUCCUUCGGAUUAUACACUACACUUCCUUCGUAUUGUAUACUACACUCUACAGGAAUCCAAGUAACUUGAUUAACUAGGAAUUAUGGCGCAGUUUAAAGAAGUAGGCGAGCAAUUCGCCGCUUUUUACUACCAGACAUUCGACUCCAACAGAGCGUUACUCGCAAACCUGUACCAAGCCGACUCUAUGAUGACAUGGGAGGGCGCGGCAUGCCAAGGCCAGCAGGCUAUCCUGGAGAAGUUAUCUGGACUUGGAUUCCAAACUGUGCAGCACAACAUUACAAAGAUGGACUGCCAACCCGGCCCAGAGAACUGCGUACUUGUUAUGGUUAUUGGUCAACUGAAGGCCGACCAGGAUCAACCGCUGCCCUUUUCACAAGUCUUCCAGUUGAAGUCACUCAACGGCAACUAUUACAUUUACAACGAUAUAUUCUCAUUGGGAUUGCACAACAAUUAAAGAACGAACAGAAAUAAACAUGCUCGGGGGGUUCGAUGGUUGCCAAUGGACGCUCUGAAAAAAUACCCACAGAAGUGCAUAUGCGGUGAGGUGUCGUUCACGUAUGUGUAUACGUGUACGUACUUCGUCCAGCCCACACUCGAUCAUAAAUAAAGACAUCACUAUAUAGUACGUCUUACUUUAUAGUACAUCUUAUCUACUAUAUAGUACUUCUUAAUUACUAUAUAGUACGUCUUACUUUAU